AUGAUGCUCAUCAAUGGGAUUCUGUGGUUGGUGUACGAUGUUUGGAUGCUCCAAGACCAUUACAGUAAUGGUCGAGAGAUAUUUGAUGAUACACUGACACUACACAUUGACCAGGGAGCAUUCCUAUUGCUUGUAUUACCUCCUGGAGACUCCAACUUGUAUUAUGAGGAUGGUCUCACUGACAAACAGGUACCAUUGAAUAUACCUCUAUUAGAUGAUUGUGAUGAUGUCAAGAAUGAGGGCGGCGGCGGCAAGAGCGGGAUGAGAGUAGUUGUAUUGAUGGGCAAUACUCUCAGAGGUUUCAUUGGCACCACUCCAUCGGUUAGACCUCUCCCUCAUGUUGUACGUAUGAAGACGACUGAGUCCAACAACCCUGCUAGACUGGUAUUUGGACGAAUGUUUUUGCUACCACCUGAUUAUAGGAGUCCUCUUCUCAACGACUCUGUCACUUUCAAACAAUGGGCACAGGCAGGUAUGAUGCCAGAUGAUAACGAUUCGGAUGAGGUAGCCUUUUCCAAGAGGAGAUUAGCUGCAGAAUGCAAGGCUGGGGAGAUAUUUUGUUGGAUGCAAUGUAUGGCUAAUACCUGUGAUAAUGAUAAUGAGAUGCCUGUAUGUUGGGAUAAAGCAACCAAUGCGUUAUGUCCUACAAAUGAUGGUAUUCAUCAUAAGACUUGUGGCGUUGAAUGUGCACUGAAACCAGCUGGUGGUAAUGUUGGGUCUCCUGUGUCGCCUACUCCUGAUCCCAAUGCUUUCUGUACUGGCUCUACGGCUAUGUUCAUGGAUGGAUUCAAUUGGAUGAGGGGUCCUACUACACAGUGUGUUAUUCUCUUUACCUCCUCUUGGGUACUUGAUACAGCAUGGAAGUUCGCCCUUGGAUGUAUUGGCGUAGUAUUCCUAGGUAUGCUCGUAGAAGGUAUCUUAUGGGCUAGGCGCCGUUAUCUCCACAAUAUCACUCAUACAUGGCUCCAUGCCAUUGUCGGCUCUCUUGCUUUCGGGUUGAGCAUAUCAAUAGCAUAUCUCGCUAUGUUAGUAGUCAUGACUUACAGUUGCGAGCUAUUCCUUUGUCUAUGUGCUGGUCUAGUGAUUGGGCAUUUUAUAUUCGGUAAUGUGAGGGUGAGGAUAGGAGAAGCUCCCGAACCUUGUUGCGGUGAUACCAUUAGUGUAGCUAAUGGUACGUCUUCUGAGACGGAAAGGUAUCAUCCGAACACAAGUGCUAAGAGAACUCUUGUUCGAAAAGAUGGGUGUUGCGAUACACCAGAGUAUGGGAAGUAAUGGAUGGAGCAGUGGAUGGUACACCGGAAUUGCGAUAGUAGUGUUGUAAUGGUUUUCGGAUGGAUACUUGUAAUAAGCCUUCACUUUUUCUGCGCUUCAUGUAACAGGACGAAUGGAGCCAAAAAGUCUUUUGUAGUUUGAGUUUAAUAAUCGAUUUUCAGUCACGGGUAUCACAAUGGACUAC